AUCGCAUCAUCUGAUGUUAUCACCUAAUUCGGCCCCUCCUUGUGUCACAUUUUAUCAAAUCCCAAUUUUCUUCUAAUUUUUAGCUAAAAAUGAGGAAUCUAGUGACGUGUUCUGUACUUUGGCUCCUUGUAAAUGUUUUAAGUAGUGCUAUAUCCGAAAGUAGUGUCCCAGUUCUUCUCUGGGAAUCCAAAAACUCAGGUGACCAUUUUCACACCGUUCCAGCCCUUGCUGAAUAUGACAGGGAUGAAUUUCUCAAUCAUUUCUUAAAGAAAAUUAAAAACUCUCAUUCAAAACCUCUCAUUGUGGCGUUUUUGGAAGACACGUUGAGUUUGGAAGACUUCAGUUGGCAAGAUUCCAGCAAGAAACAAGCAUUCGAAAAAAUCCAGAAGUUGGUGGACCAGUCAAAUGGCAUUGAAUUCCUCCCUGCUGUGAAAUCUGUUGACGAUGCACUCCAAAAGUUGGAAGGCUACGGUUACAGCCAGAAAAACUUUAAGGACCUCCAGGGUGAUGAAGAAGGUGUCUUCAGUUUUGUCAGAUUUGAUGAUGGAGAUCGCAUGGAUGAAGAUCGUCCAGACAUGUUGAAUCGUCAUGAUGAACUCAUAGCUGAAGCUGUGAAGAAACUAUCCAGCUCACAACGAAACUGCAUUUUCGUUUUGUCCGGGAAAGAGCCCUCUUGGAUUGAGCCGCAGAUCUCGGAAUCAUUAGCCAGAAUGCGCAGAGCGCUGCAAGCAGUUGAAUCAAAUGGCACCGUUGCAGACAAGGGGCAAGGGCCUUUCCUCUUCAACGCCUCCGGACAAGUUCUUUUGCAGACCCAAGAGGCCCCUGUUCUGAUUGUUGACGGAGAAAAAGUUGUACUGCCUCCCACACAUGAUGAUCAGCUAGAUACUCGACCGGAUACACUUCGUUUGAUUUCAACCUUCAAAGGAACUGACAAUGGAAAGAAACUCGUGCUUCGCUUCAUUUUCAAGCUAUCAUCUAAUGUUUGGACGCUCACCUCUGUUGAUUAUACUUAUGACAAUAAGGAUGGUUCACUCACCCCUACAACCCCCAUAAGAGCUGGAAAAGGUUUUGCAUAUCUGGAUAUCAGCCCUCAUACGUUUACUAAUGAAGACAAAUCCAUCACACUCAGCUUCAAAAAUCUGAAGACGCAAGCAUGGACGCGAGGUACAUUUAGUCAAGCAGAAUCUAAAGUUGGAUUCUUCACAAUCCCAAUCUGGACUGGGAUACUCGUUGUUGGGAUGUUGGCUCUGAUCAUGGUUUGGGGUCUAAUCAUGGUUCUAGAUAUCAAGACAAUGGAUCAGUUUGAUGACCCAAAAGGAAAAACCAUCUCAAUCAAUGCAUCAGAGUAAUUUUCUUCGGCCUUUCUCAUUGGAAAUAGCAAAGCAUGGCUUCAUCUUUAUUUUUAUUGUUCUUCAAAGGCUGUGUUCUAAUUUAAAAUCCAAAACCAUUUUCAUCAUUACUCCCAAUUUUUUUUUCUUUUUGUUUUUUUUCAUCAUCAUUAUUUUUAAAACUCUUAAAGAACAUUAAUCACAGUCACCAUCUACAUGAAGCCUACUUUUCAAUCAAAUCGGGAGUAUCUUUGUUGAAUAUUUGUUAGGAAUUUUAAUUGUUACCCUAGUGGAUAUUUUUCAAGUUUUUUUUCUUCUUCUUUCCUUUUUCAACGAGGUAAAUAAGUACUGUAAAAAUUAUGUGUAAAUAGUACGUACUAACUUAAGGUCAAAAUUUUGUCGGUACAAUGUCCUGUGUCUUAAUUGGUCCACUAAGUAAGCGUGAAUCAGUUAGAAAUUUUGAUUUUCUCAACAGUAAACUAAAGACACUUUUAAAGUCCCUAUUUUGAAUAAUUUUUGCAUUCAUGGUUAUAUCUUGUUCUCCUCACAUCUGUUUGAAACUUUUCAUUGAAACCUAUUUUGGGGAGGCUUUCUGUUCUUAUGAUAGUUUUUCUUUUUUUCCUCCUAAAAAACUGCUGAGUGUUUUCACUCUCUGCUUGUUAUCUUUUUUCAAAACUUACAUAAUUUUUUUUUUUCUUUCUUUUAAGAAAACGAAACCAAAAGAAGGUUUAACAGCAUGUCCGAAUUUGACACUCUUAUUUUACGAGUAGAGUUCAGUUACAAUAGGCUGAUCAGUGAUUAAUUUUGGAUUACCUGGUCAAAAACUAAUCCAGAUAAUCUGGUGUGGAAUGGAAUCUAAUUUUCAUUCAAGAAAACAGCAACACAAUAAUGUACAGCAUUCUGUUGCGUUAGAAUAAAAAUCAACAAUGAUUUGUUAGUAGCUCCUUUGAGCAAGGUUUAAGAUUUUUCCGGGUUUUUUUUUCAGUGAAUCCAAUUUUAAGAGCAGUUUCUAACUUUUAAAAAUAGGAUAAUAUUAUUUCUGUUAUCGUUCCCAGCCUAGGUUUUAGUUAUCUUUUUCAUUCAAUCAGAAUUAAUGAUAUUCAAAGCGGACAUUAAAAAAAAGUGUAACUGUAGAAGAAUCCAUAGCAGUUAGAAUGUGUUUAAUUUUUGAUAAGCAUCAGAGACUUUGCUUUUCUCAUUUGAUUUUUGCAGUCAGUGUCUGAUAUUGUAAGCCAGCAUAGCUAAAAUUUUGAUUAAUAUGUAAAGGAAAUCAUCCAGUUUUGAAAAAUCAGUCGGCUUGAAACUUGAUCAGAAUAAUUACUUCUCUAUCAAAAGAGUUUAAUCAUGAUCAAUGUAGUACUUGUUAAACAUUAUAAUGAAUUACUUUGUUUUGAAGUUUAAUCGAGAUAAAAAUGAACAAAAAACUAUCAGGUAUGUUUUUUUUAUUUUAAGUUGCCUGGGCAAAUAAGAAGGGUAAUAUCAAAAAAAUCACAAGGCUGAUUUUUUUCGGUCAAGACGAGCACCUAAACAAUGUGUUUUCAGACCUGUAUCCUUCGAAACAGAAAGGGCAUGCGCAUACAUUCCUUUUGGACAAGCAAGUAUUGGUACAUGUACUUAUUAAGAUAUCAGUAACCCUAUUUUUAUAUUUUUAGCUACCCGAUUUCUUUCAUGUUGGCGUAAAUAAAUAAAAUAAAAGUGCUCGUUAGAAUAUCACAGUAAUGAAAGUAUUUUCGGUUUUAAGAACUUUUUUCCAAUACAGUGCUGCUAAAAUUGAGCAAAUGUAUUUCAUUGUUGUAAUAGCUUAAUUAUUUUCUCUAAAAUUAGUUUUCCAGAGAGUUUCUUAAAAUUUGUAUCACCUUUGAGAGAGAAUAUUUCCUGCACAUGAAUAUUAAUUUGAAAAAAUAUGCAUAUCAAAUGUAUAUCAGGAGCUCCACAGUGUAGCAAGGCCCUUUAUAUGUAACAUCCCAUCAUUUUUCUUGAAACGCAGGUUUUCUUCGGUACACAGGAGAAGUGAAAUACUUCAAAAGAUGGAUUUCGUGAUGGCAUCUGACUUUCUAAUUACUUUUUAUAUCUACACUAAGUCAUAGUAAGGAUUUGUUCAAAAGUUAAUUUUAUUUUUUCAUUUGGUUCUCAUUAAGCACUAUUAAAUAUACAGAUACCACUAUCUGAAUAAAACUUGAAAUAUUCAAGGCUAUUAUCUAUAGGACAACUAUUUGCAAUUAGGAACUACAAUUCCUGGUUCAGCUUUUAAAACCACAUUCAUACCAUUCGUUUCAACAUGCACAUACAUGUUUUUACCAAUGAGCUGGGAAUUGUAGUUUCUGAUUGCAAAAUGUAGUCCAAUUAGGGUCUAGGAAAUGCAUCUGCUUUUUCAAAUGUAUUAUAUACUUUUUAGAAUGUUGUAAAAUGUCUUAACUUAAAGAGUUAGUUAUACUUUCCCAGAUUGAAAUUCAACUUUAAUAGCAGCUAAAGUGAUGGCAUUACCAAAUUCCUACAACCAUAUAAGAAGAGCAUCUGCAUGUGUUUGGUUAGAAUUAAAAUCAAACCUUACCCUUUUAUCCACGAUUUCCUCCGUUUUCAUUCCCUUAUUACACUAACCUAUCAAAUCAUUUUGGAUUUUUGUGAUGAAUGUUUACACUUUUCGAAGUUUCUGACGUUCUGUAAAUAAUGGCAAAAUGAUUUCUUUUAAUUCAACCCAAGUGCUGAAAGUCACUUUUUUAUGUGUGCACUAUUAGAAAUACUUUUCAUCAAAUUUCUUAAGUUUAAGUUUUUCUGUUGCUAUGAUUUUCCUACAGUCAAUGCGUUUUCAUAUUAAGCUUGUGAAUUUCGUAAAAAUAUAAUUCUCAUUCAAUUUGUCACUCUUCUGAUGUAAGAACAUAUCUCAAAUUCCACCUGAGCCCUGUUGCCCAUAAAAUUCUAUUUCUUUUAGGGCUCACGUAGAACAGAUACGCCCUUAUGUCAGAAGAGCGAAUAAUUGUUCCCUCAUCCUUCUAUGUAUCAUAUAUUUCAUUAGGAGUUGAUAUUUUCUGUGGUAAUUCUUUUUUGUUCACUUGUUUAAUCAUAAUUUUCAACCCUCCAUUCUAUGCACUGUGCAAAUGAAGCAACCUCCUAAUUCAUAUACCUAAAUUUCUGCCCAAAAAGUCCUCGUAUGGAAAUAUUUUCAAUGACAGACGUUUGACGCAUAACGUGAUUUCAAGUUACAUAUUAACCACAUCAUUCCACACUUUCAGUCAGUGAUAAAAUUUAGUAGUAGGACCUACUCAAAUAAUCUAGAGUCCUCAUAGGUAAUGCUUUUUUCACUGGUGAAGAAUCAGCAGAAAAAAGUUUUGCAAAGUAAAUAUAAUUUUUUUUUUUCAUAGAAAAAUUAUUUUAUAGUCAGUAAUAUUUUUUUUCUUCUUUUUUUUUUGUAAAUUUUCAUUAACAACUUUCGUAUGUAGGUACCCACUCCUAAAAAUGUUUUUGGUUUUAAGUACAUAUUUUGUAAAUGUGUUGCAUUUAAGAUCAGUAAUACACAAUUUUGUUGUUACA